AUGGCUGUAACUUUACCAUCAUUACCAGCAGGUAAUACUGAAGCAUUUAAACCAGUUGCUAAAUAUUCUCCUGCCACACGUCGUCCAAUCGAACCGGUUGGUCGUUAUUUCUUAGCUCAUGCUACUAGAACCUUAAGAGGCCACACUUGGUCUGAAUUCGAAAAGUUGGAAGCUGAAAGAAACGUCAAGCAAGUCGAAGAAGAUCAAGAUCAAGACAUUGGUGAUGAAGAACAAGACGCAGAAUUAUUAGCUAUCGACCCAAGAGAAUGGAAGACCGCUGAUUUGUAUGCCGUUUUAGGUUUAUCUAAAUUAAGAUUCCGUGCCAACGAAGAUCAAAUUAGAAGAGCCCACAGAAAGCAAGUCUUGAAGCAUCAUCCAGAUAAGAAGUCUGCCGCUGGUGGUUUGGAACAAGACGGAUUCUUCAAAAUUAUUCAAAAGGCUUUCGAAAUUAUGUUGGAUCCAAGUAAGAGAUUACAAUAUGACUCUGUUGAUGAAAACGCUGAUGUUAAACCACCAGCACCAAAAAGCAAAUACGAUUUCUUUGAGGCUUUCGGUCCAGUUUUCGAAAGUGAAGCCAGAUUUUCCAAAAAGCAACCAGUUCCAUUAUUAGGUACUUUAGAAUCUACUAAGGAAGAAGUUGAUGCAUUCUACAAUUUCUGGGGUAAAUUCGACUCGUGGAAGACAUUUGAAUUUAAAGAUGAAGAUGUUCCAGAUGACACUGCUAACAGAGAUCACAAGCGUUAUAUCGAACGUAAAAACAUAGCUACUAGAAAGAAGUUUAAGCAAGAAGACAAUAAGAGAGUUAUUGACUUAGUCGAAAGAGCAUACUCAGAAGAUCCAAGAAUCAAGUUAUUUAAGGAUACUGCCAAGAAAGAAAAGGAAAGAAAGAAAUGGGAAAGAGAAGCUGGUUCCAGACAAGCUGCUGAAGAAGCUGCUGCCAAGAAGGCUGCUGAAGAAGAAGCUGCUAAGAAGGCCGCUGAAGACGCUGCUGCCAGUAAAGUCAGUUCUAAGAAGGCUAAGGAAGCUGCUAAGGCUGCCAAGAAGAAGCAAAAGAGAUCUAUCAGAUCUGCUCCUAAGGAUGCCGAAUACUUCGGUGAUGCUGGUAAGGCUACUGAUAUUGAUGCCGAUGUCGAAUACUUGAUUGAUAAGUUCGACGAUGUCCAAUUAUCAUCCCUUACCACUAAGGUCACUGGUGCUAGUGCUGACACUGUUAAAUCUGCCUUCAACGAAGUCAUUGCUGAGUUAGUCGGUGCUGGUAAAGCCGAAGGAGCAUACUUGAAGUACUUCUCUGCUUAG